AUGGCGGUCAAGAUCGGCAUCAACGGAUUUGGGCGAAUCGGUCGCAUGGUCUUCCAGGCCAUCUGCGACCAGGGACUUUUGGGCUCCAAGCUUGAUGUCGUCGGCGUGGUCGAUAUGUCCACCGAUGCAGAGUACUUUGCCUACCAGAUGAAGUACGACACGGUGCACGGCCAGUUCAAGCACGACGUGAAGGUCGGUGAGAAGGACGAGCUGAUCGUGAACGGCAACAAGAUCAAGUGCAUCCAGGCCAGCCGCGAGGGCCCCAAGGCCCUGCCUUGGAAGGACAUGGGCGUCAAGUACGUCAUCGAGUCCACCGGCCUCUUUGUGGAGUACGAGAAGGCCGCAGGCCACAUUGAGGCAGGCGCCGAGAAGGUCAUCAUCUCCGCUCCCGGCAAAGGCAACCUGAAGACGCUGGUCAUGGGCGUGAACCACACCGAGUACGACAAGGCCAACCACCACGUGGUGAGCAACGCCUCCUGCACCACGAACUGCCUCGCCCCGAUCUGCCACGUGCUCCUCAAGGAGGGCGUCGGCAUCGAGAAGGGACUGAUGACCACCAUCCAUGCCUACACCGCCACUCAGAAGACCGUCGAUGGCGUGUCUGCCAAGGAUUGGCGAGGAGGUCGUGCGGCCGCAUGCAACAUCAUUCCUUCCGCGACCGGGGCCGCCAAGGCUGUGGGCGAGGUGCUGCCCGUCACCAAGGGCAAGCUCACAGGUAUGGCUUUCCGAGUGCCCACGCCAGACGUCUCCGUGGUGGACCUCACCUUCACCGCUGAGAAGGACACGUCGAUCGAGGAGAUCGACAAGCUCCUGAAGGCAGCCACCGAGAGCUACAUGAAGGGCGUGCUGUCCUACACAGACGAGGAGUUGGUGUCCAUGGACUUCGUUCAUAACAAGAACUCUUCCAUCUACGACUCCAAGGCCACCCUGCAGAACAACCUCCCGGGCGAGAAGCGAUUCUUCAAGGUCGUGUCCUGGUACGACAACGAGUGGGGCUACUCCAACAGGGUUGUGGACCUUCUCAGUGCUCGCAACCCUCUGGACUCUAGACCAUCCGCGAACUUGUGUCCCAUUGUCGACAUUGCAAUGGCGGUCAAGAUCGGCAUCAACGGAUUUGGGCGAAUCGGUCGCAUGGUCUUCCAGGCCAUCUGCGACCAGGGACUUUUGGGCUCCAAGCUUGAUGUCGUCGGCGUGGUCGAUAUGUCCACCGAUGCAGAGUACUUUGCCUACCAGAUGAAGUACGACACGGUGCACGGCCAGUUCAAGCACGACGUGAAGGUCGGUGAGAAGGACGAGCUGAUCGUGAACGGCAACAAGAUCAAGUGCAUCCAGGCCAGCCGCGAGGGCCCCAAGGCCCUGCCUUGGAAGGACAUGGGCGUCAAGUACGUCAUCGAGUCCACCGGCCUCUUUGUGGAGUACGAGAAGGCCGCAGGCCACAUUGAGGCAGGCGCCGAGAAGGUCAUCAUCUCCGCCCCCGGCAAAGGCAACCUGAAGACGCUGGUCAUGGGCGUGAACCACACCGAGUACGACAAGGCCAACCACCACGUGGUGAGCAACGCCUCCUGCACCACGAACUGCCUGGCCCCGAUCUGCCACGUGCUCCUCAAGGAGGGCGUCGGCAUCGAGAAGGGACUGAUGACCACCAUCCAUGCCUACACCGCCACUCAGAAGACCGUCGAUGGCGUGUCUGCCAAGGAUUGGCGAGGAGGUCGUGCGGCCGCAUGCAACAUCAUUCCUUCCGCGACCGGGGCCGCCAAGGCUGUGGGCGAGGUGCUGCCCGUCACCAAGGGCAAGCUCACAGGUAUGGCUUUCCGAGUGCCCACGCCAGACGUCUCCGUGGUGGACCUCACCUUCACCGCUGAGAAGGACACGUCGAUCGAGGAGAUCGACAAGCUCCUGAAGGCAGCCACCGAGAGCUACAUGAAGGGCGUGCUGUCCUACACGGAUGAGGAGUUGGUGUCCAUGGACUUCGUUCACAACAAGAACUCUUCCAUCUACGACUCCAAGGCCACCCUGCAGAACAACCUCCCGGGCGAGAAGCGAUUCUUCAAGGUCGUGUCCUGGUACGACAACGAGUGGGGCUACUCCAACAGGGUUGUGGACCUUCUGACGCACAUGAUCAACGCGUAG